CCUUUCCCUUCAGUGUCUUACCAGAACUCGUGCCGCACACACCACGCCGCUGCCUCCCGUGUGUGGUGCCAGUGGGGACGCGUACUCAGUGCCACUCAGCCUUGUAGUGCCGUUGGAGACUCGCUAAGGCACUGUCGAGGCGUAUGGUGCUGUGCUAAAUUUGUUUCUACCUUCCAUCUGUUAAUCUCAGACACAAGAUGGAGGCAAGACUGGUGGCCGUGUUGGCACUCCUGGGAGCCGCUUGCGCCGCCCCUCAGCUCAGACUGUCGGAGAAAUCGAACAUCGCCCUGGACUACGCGUUGGCGGGCCGUGUUCCUCUGGGAGUGUACAGCGCUAACAGGGUGUACAAGGGCAUCGAGGACGGCAACGGCAACGUGGUCAUCCUCAACAUUCCCGGCCUGAGCCACGCCGUCGGGGACAUCGACCUCGACCUCGACACUUCUAAUAGUAUUGAGCUCGGGGUGGCAACUCGCACAGCAGGUCCUGUCUUGGGCUCCCUGCCGGCCACAGCAAAUUCUGUGGGUCCCAGCGGAUCAGGACUGACAGCAGUCCUGGACUCCUUCGAAUCAGUGGAAGACACCUUCAAUACAGCAGAAGAAGCUCUUGAUUCCCUGGAAGACGCAAGGGACGCACUGGACGAUUCGCCGGAAGUGGUCUUCGGUGCCGCUGGUGGAGGAACAGGCGGAGUGCCGCUGUCUGCGGCCGCUGGUGCUGCUGGUGCUUCUAGAUUUGGAGCGCCGCUGUCUACCGUACUGGAUGAUUCGCUGGAAGUGGUCUUAGGUGCCGCUGGUGGAGGAGCAGGAGGAGUGCCGCUGUCUGCGGCCGCUGGUGCUGCUGGUGCUCCUUCUAGAUUUGGAGUGCCGCUGUCUACCGUACUGGACGAUUCGCUGGAAGUGGUCUUAGGUGCCGCCGGUGGAGGAACAGGCGGAGUGCCGCUGUCUGCGGCCGCUGGUGCUGCUGGUGUUCCUGCUGGUUUUGGAGUUCCGCUGUCUGCUGGUGCUCCUGGUGGAGUUCCGCUGUCUGCUGGUGCUCCUGGUGGAGUUCCGCUGUCUGCUGGUGCUCCUGGUGGAGUGCCACUGUCUGCUGCCGCUGGUUCUGCUCCUGGUGCUGCCCUUAGUGGUGGCGUGCCUCUGUCUGCCGCUGCUGGUGCAGCUGCCGGUGCUGCUGGCAGAUCUUUACUUCCCGGGCUGCUCAGGACUGAAGCCGAGGCCGAGGCAGCAGAAGAAUUCUUGGAAGCUGCACAAGACGCAGCAGAACUGGCAAGACUCAGACAAGCAGCGCAAGCAGCGGCUGCUUCAGGGAACACACUGUUGGCGGGACAACUCAUGCGUGAAGCAGCCCAGGAAGCAGCUGAAGCAGCACGCGAAGCAGCAGAAGAUGCAGCCGAACUUGGCGCGACAAGAAGAGCAGCAGCGGCCGCAGCUGCGGCUGGAAACACCCUCCUGGCACGACAACUCAUGGCCGAGGCAGCAGAGGAGGCAGCAGAAAUUGCCUUGGAAACAGCGGCGAACGCAAGAGCCGCCGGCGGCGCGGCGAACUUUGCCCAAGAAGUGGCCCUGAAUGCGAGGAGGGUCGCCGCCGAGGCCGCGGCAGACGCACGGGAGUUCGUCGCCCUCAACUCUAGGUUACCGGCAGCCGCGGGUGCCGCCCCCAACACAGGUGGCGUGCCCCUCCCGAAUCUGCAGUCCCUGAGGAGGAGGAAGAGGCAGAGCAAUGACGAGGAGGAGGAGGACGACCCCUUCGCGCUGUCCAGGGCCGAAGAGGCUGCCUUUGCACUCUCCAGUCUUGGUACUCUGCUGGGUGCUAAUUUGGGAAGGUGGUUUGACGAGACGUACGAUGCCAACACGAAGUUAUUUAGAGGUCUAGAGUCCACGGGCACCAUUGUGUUGAACCAAGUCGACGCUAUGUUGGAGGAGGAGAAGGACUUUGGACGAUAAGGAGGAGGAGAAGAAGGAGGAGGAGGAGGAUUAGUUUGUUGAUUUUUACGUUAUCUCUUACAGUCUCAUUUCCUUCUUUAUUCGCUCGUUAAUAAAAAAGGAGGAAUUGGAGGAGUAAAAGAAAUAUAAGGAAAAAGAUGAAUACAGAUGAGGAAAAGAUGGAUGCACAGUUUGUAAUAAGAAUGUAAGUUACCUUCAUUCCAUUUAUUUAUGUAUAGUUUUCAGACAGUGGGGAAAUUUAUCCAUUCAGUAGUUUUGAUAAGAUUCUAAACAUUCUUUUAUCUUAAUGUUUCGGUCCCUUUAUGUCCGCGAAAAUAAUAUCUUAGUCAUCCCUCUUCCUCACACAAAAAAAAGUUCGCAAGACGAUGAAGUCAAUUUCAACAAACAAUCUUCUCCUUCUUUUUCUUGAUAUCAUUACUCUUAGAAGCUAUUUAUUCAUCAAAUGCCUCGUUUUUCUUAUUUUUCUCUUCAAAGUAUUUUCUCUGUUUAUCAUUUCUUUUUCAUUUCAAACACUUCGAUCACAUCAAUGUAAAAGGAACGAUUGUCCCAUUUCGUUCCGAGCCAAUAGACGAUAGAAUGCUUAUGUUUUCUGUACUGUGUUAUUGUUUUCUUUAAAGUUUAUGUUGCUUAUUAAUAUUCAGUCAACACAUUAUCUUACUUAUACUUCUGUUGUUCCAUGUUCUAUCUGUGCUUCUUCAGUGUUAUUCUAAUACGUAGUUAUUAAGACUUUUUUGUACAAUUAAAAUAAGAAUAAAAUGUUGUAUGUUGA